AUGUGUUUCUUGGAACAUCUUAUUCAUCAUGUUCCUAAUCUUGAAAAGUUGUCGGUUGUUUGCACACAUUUGCAGCGUGAUGAAGUACGUCGUUUGGAUGUUGAAGCAUUCAGAGCAUCAGAUGAAGGUUGGAUUCACAAGGUGCCAAAAUUAAAAUAUUUUAUGCUGAAAAGUGGAAUAGAUGAUGCUACUGAACUCAACCACUUGAAAUGGCUUCUGAAUAAUCUUCGUCAUAUUAGCAAACUUCGAAUCUAUUUAAAAUACCGAGUAGAAUGGUUAAGAAAUUCACACUCAAACAUAUCUAAUACCAUCGAUACGAAUUUUAUUCGUCAAUAUUGUCUACCUGGGAUAUUAUCUAAUUUAAAAGAUUUCUACCUUUAUAUUGGCCAACCAUUCGCAACUUCAACGAUCGAGAUGGAAAGGAUUAAUGAUGAAUUUACAAACAAUCUUUUGUUCCUUAAUGGUCAAUAUAUCAAAUUUCAAGUUAUUCAUGAUCAAAAGAGAUCUUAUCAACAUAUUUUUUCUUCCAAUCUCGAUCAAUCGCAGUUUUUAGCACAAUCACUCGUUGAACAGAAUAGAUACGAAUGCUCAGAUAUUCAAAACAUUCGAUUUGAUUUAGAUCAAUCGUUUUGCCGAGAUUUGAAACAAUUUAGUAAAUCAUCUUUAAAUAUUUCAUCGAUCUCAGUUCGUCCAGUUACUACUGGUAUAGAACCCAUACCAUUGCAACCAUUAUUAUCAGCAUUUGAGACAACGAUCAAUAAUUUAGAUGUUAAACUUCGAAAUGUUACAAUACUUCGAUUUGGUUUUUGCAAUGUUUUCAUGCUGCAUCCCUGUCAUCAAUUAUCACAUAGUAUUAAAACGUAUGUGACAAUACUGGCUCAUCUUGUUUCAAUACCAAAUCAAUUAAGAUCUCUAUUUAUUGCAAAAUUUGAAUGGCUAUUAUAUUUAUUUCAAUAUGCUGCCGAUAAAUUGCGCAAGAAUGCGUUGAACACUGUUCGGUGUAUUGAAUUCGGUCUCGCAAGCUGUAAUUAUGGGUCGAAUGAAUCGAUUGGUUUAGGAGCAAAUCUUGUACCUGUUCUUAGUACUUAUAUGCCGCAUCUACGUAUAUUACGGCUUUGGAGACUUGAUGAUUUUCCAUGGACAUCGCUGCGACGAAAAUAUAUAAAACAACGAAACUAUGCCAUGUUUAUGCACAAGUGGAGAUUAUUUUUGAAAACCGCUGAAUGUGCUAAUGAACACACGAUUGUUUUUGAACAAAAUCUUUGUCAACUGCAUGAUCAAUUGAAAGAAUUGCUUUUUCUCGAUAUAUAUGGUGUCAUUUCGGAUAUGAAAGUGGAAUCCUAUCGUCAAAUGGUUCAAACGCGUUUUCCAAGUUGUCGAGUCUAUGUUAAAACAUCGAGAUUUUGCCUUUGGUUUUGA